GCCAGCGGCCCGGAGGGAGUGGGCUGUGGGCCGGGAUCUUGACCGUGGAGUUCGAGCCUCGGGCUGCCGGGGUCGCCCCGCUCAAGGGCGGGGCUGUGCGGAGGCGCAGGGCUGGCUUCUCCCGGCGUGGGGAGGAGACCGAGCACCAUGUCCGGGCGGCGCAGGAAGGGCCAACUCUCCACGACAGAACGCGUCGUCAAAGCGGUCCCCUUUCCUCCAACCCAACGGCUUAGCUUGAAGGACGUAUUUGAAAAUGGGAAACCUAAAUCUGAGCUUUUGAGAAACCAUUUGGUAAAGGAAGGCCGAGUGGAAGAUGAAGUAGCCUUAAAGAUAAUCAAUGAUGGGGCCGCCAUCUUGAGACAAGAGAAGACGAUGAUAGAAUUGGAAGCUCCAAUCACAGUGUGUGGUGACAUCCACGGACAGUUCUUUGACCUUAUGAAGUUGUUUGAAGUUGGAGGAUCGCCUACCAAUACUCGUUACCUCUUCCUGGGUGACUAUGUGGAUAGAGGCUAUUUCAGUAUAGAGUGUGUGCUGUAUUUAUGGAGUUUGAAGAUUAAUCAUCCCAGAACUUUGUUUCUAAUUCGAGGAAAUCAUGAAUGCAGGCAUCUUACAGAUUACUUCACCUUCAAACAGGAAUGUCGAAUCAAAUACUCGGAAGAAGUGUAUGAUGCAUGCAUGGAAACGUUUGACUGUCUUCCUCUUGCUGCCCUCUUAAAUCAGCAGUUUUUGUGUGUACAUGGAGGGAUGUCCCCGGAAAUCACUUCCUUAGACGACAUUAGGAGAUUAGACAGGUUUAAAGAGCCGCCAGCCUUUGGGCCAGUGUGUGACCUGCUUUGGUCUGACCCCUCGGAGGAUUAUGGCAGUGAAAAGACCGCGGAGCACUAUACCCACAACACUGUCCGAGGGUGCUCUUAUUUCUACAGUUACCCUGCAGUUUGUGAAUUUUUGCAGAACAAUAAUUUGUUAUCAAUAAUCAGAGCCCAUGAAGCACAAGAUGCUGGGUAUCGAAUGUACAGGAAGACCCAAACAACGGGCUUUCCAUCACUCAUUACAAUUUUCUCUGCCCCAAACUACCUGGACGUCUAUAAUAAUAAAGCUGCUGUGCUGAAAUAUGAAAACAAUGUCAUGAAUAUCAGGCAGUUUAACUGCUCUCCACACCCUUACUGGCUUCCAAACUUUAUGGAUGUUUUCACGUGGUCUUUGCCGUUUGUUGGCGAGAAAGUCACAGAGAUGCUGGUUAACAUUCUCAACAUUUGCUCUGAUGACGAACUAAUUUCUGAUGAUGAAUCAUCAGAAGGAGGCACUACCGUUCGCAAGGAGGUCAUCAAGAAUAAAAUCAGAGCCAUUGGGAAGAUGGCACGGGUCUUCUCAAUCCUCAGGGAAGAGCGUGAGAGUGUGCUGACCCUCAAGGGUCUGACUCCUACAGGUAUACUCCCUCUGGGCGUCCUCUCCGGAGGGAAGCAGACGAUUCAGACAGCCACAGUAGAAGCGGUAGAGGCCCAGGAAGCCAUCAGAGGGUUUUCACUGCAACACAAGAUCCGGAGUUUUGAAGAAGCCCAAGGUCUGGACCGAAUUAAUGAGCGGAUGCCACCUCGGAAAGACAGCGCCUACCGUGACGGGCCAAUGAAGCUCGCCGGGCCUCUGCAACCGAGCGUGGCUGCCCGCAGGAGUGACCCAGGCAAGAAGAACCCGUAGUGGUCAGAGGCCUGCUGGGGCCCAGGCUUAAGAACAAACUUUAUUUAUUUAUUAUUGGAAAGCAAAACAAAGAAACUUAAACCACAGAAACCUGGAGGUGCAUUCAGAAUGCAGUCUGCAUUUAUGCUGGCAGAGGUGACCGUUUUAUAAAUUCUUUAAUCUCCAAUGUGUACAAAACGUUGUAUCUAUUUGGUUUUUCUCUUUCCCCCUUGGUCUUUAGAGCCCCUCGGAUUAUUGUUGCUCCUGAGUGAAGAAGUCCUGUGCUCUGACGACCACCUUCCCUAAUAAAAGGGCCUUGGGAGCCUUACUGGGGCUUCUGACGUGAGCAAAUUCA